AACAUUAAAAAAAUUAUUAAUUUAAUUUAAUAAUUAAAAAUGUCAAUAAUCAGUUUGAAGAAAUUAGGACGGGUGAUAGAUGAUCAACUGGAGAAGCUGGAGAGAACUUGGGAGACUCCUCACAUGCUUUUGAGCAAUACUGAAGCUCCUAAUGAGGAAGCGCAAGGUCUGAUUGAAAGUUUUUUGGUUUCCAUUAACAAAGUUCAUGAUGAAUUGAAUGAACUAGUUGAAGAACAAAAAGAGUCGACGGCUGAUGUUGACCGUUUUAACGAGACCCUGGUAUCAGAAUCAAGUAUUUUAAAGGACGAUGAACUGGAACAGAGAACUCAAAAUUUGUCGUUGCUCGAUGACGAAAUUGCCUUUCAUAAUUUCAAAAAUUAUAGCGCUCCAGUUGGAAAUGUCAGUGAUUAUGAUUAUGAAGAUGAUAGUAAUCAGGAACUCGGUGAUAAAGAAAACGCUGAAAAAUUAAAACCUACCUGCAUUCCAACACCGGUGAUAAGACUCUUGACUCGGGUCAAGGAUCAGGAUGUUAAUCUGACCCCGAGUAGGAAAAAUAAUAUUGGCUGUGAAAAAAAAGAUGUUUUAGAGCGCAUGAAUUAUUUAUAUCAGGCAAGUAAACUUGUUUCCAAACAUGACACUAUCACAGCGUCAUGUUUCGGCAAUGCAAUGAUAAGUUGUUCGAGAAAAGCCGUCCUAAGAAUAGAAACGGAUUUAAAAAGAUCAAUAUGUAAAUGUUGUCAGUCUCCGUUGAUCCCCGGAGAGACAUCUCGCGUGAGAUUAAUAACAAAGCCAAUAAAAGCCGUAAAAACAACAUGUCUAAUUUGCAAAACUAGUAAAAAAAUUCCUACUAAGCCCGGCUACAAAUUAUGGACCGAAAAUCCCGAUUCUAUUAAUCAAAUAUUUAAUUAUACUCCAAAAAUAAAACAAAGUCACUCUUUACCUGCUGAAGUACCACAAAAUGGCGGACAAAACAAAAUGGCCGCCUCUAAUAUUGAAAUUAAUAUUGCAAAUCCAAAAAUAGAACAAAGUGACUCUUUACCUGAAGCAGAACCACAAAAUGGCGGACAAAACAAAAUGGCCGCUGGUGAAAUUAAUAUUGAGGUUCGA